UUAGAGCAGCAGCGACAGGACGGAGCGCAGAACCAGCAGCUCCGCAUAGACCAGCAGCUCUUCUCUACACUGCACCACCUCCUCUCACUACACGCUGGAUAUCGACUUCUUCUUCUUCUUUUUGGUCACUGCAGCGACACUUUUAUAGGCCUGCGUUUCCCUAACUUUCCAGCAGGAACCCUUCUUUUCAGCACUUCUGCAACUUUACUGAACUUUUUCAGGAGUUGUUUGGCAUCUUGUGUGGAUUUUUGGGGCUGCUUUAGUCCGCGUGACUGAUUGCCCCGUUAGUGGACCAUGUGAGUGGAGCUGGUGGGCUUUGGUGGGUUUUGAGGCUCCGCUGUAGAGGAGCGGCUGUGAUGAAGACGCCGCUGGCCGAGAUGCUCGCGGCGCUGCGGGAACCCAGAGAGCGCGCGGAGAGAGAGCGCGCAGAGGGCAGAGAGGAGUGGGAGCGCGCGCGCACGCGGGAGCGCCUGGACGCUGCGCUCGCGGGGCUCGGGGAGCUCGAGUACCUGAGACACAGACAGGAGGGGCUCGUGCGCGGCGCGCUCACUCAGCGCGAGGAGAGAGGCAGCGCGAGCGCGAGCGGCGAGGAGGAGAGCUACCUCAACAAGGAGGAGAAACUUCUGGAGGAGAACAUUUUAUUACUGAGGAAACAGCUGAACUGCCUGCGGAGGCGAGAUGCUGGUUUGAUCAGUCAGCUCCAGGAACUGGACAGACAGAUCAGUGACCUGCGACUGGACACAGAGACUUCGCAUGACCACGUGGAGACCGACAGCCGGCCCAGCUCAGGUUUUUACGAGUUAAGUGAUGGCGCUUCAGGCUCUCUCUCUAAUUCCUCCAACUCAGUCUUCAGUGAAUGUUUGUCCAGCUGUCGUUCCAGCACCUGCCUGUGUGCCCCCCUCGACACCUCUCUGUGUGCCUCUGAUGGAAGGUCCAAGUAUGCAGAUGAGCUGGGUGUGUGUGCAGAGUGUGAAGGUCAGUGUGAGGAUUCGAGUUCAGGAACAGUCCGCAGAUCCCUGUCUGCCCCCUACUCUCCUUCUCCAGAUGGGCCCUGUGACAGCUUGUCUAAGUACCACUGUGACCUGAUAGCUAAGAACGGUAAUGACGUGUACCGCUACCCCAGCCCUCUCCAUGCUGUGGCUGUCCAAAGCCCCAUCUUCUUUCAGUCUGUGGCCAGCCAUCUUAAAGAGGAGGGUGGUCUGUCGAAGUCUGGAGAAAACCCUUGUGAAAAUCAAAAACCUGAGCAACCCCAGAAUACUUCUUGGCCUGCUUCACAAACUCCUCUCAACAAAAGACUGGACAGUUAUAUCUUUGGACUUCUUCAGAGGAGAGCACAGCCAGUGAGAACAAAUAAACCCAGGACGAGCAUAAACACAGACCCCUCUAAGAGUGUGUUACGACAGGCUAGUCUCUGCGUGCGGCCUCCUACUGCAGGACAGACCCAACCAAGGACUUCUGAACUCAAGGUUAACUGGCAGACCAGUUUACAAGCAGCAGCAACCUCUAGCACUGACCCCAGCACGGUGUCACCACAAAGACAGUGGUCUGUUGAGUCCAAAGGAGAACAUGUAGAGAAUGGAACAUCCUAUUCUCAAAGCCAACCACCUAAUGGAUACUUAAUCAAUGGUGACAUUAACACAAAUAGCCUCUUAAAGAAGAGAGGCUCUGGGGCCAAUAAAGGCCAGCCAUUAACUGUUGUUGCUAAAGAGUGCCAGGAAUUGGGUAGCCCUAAUGCAGUCUCUUCCCCUAAACUUAACAAGCAUUCUCAUUACCCUGCAGUGGAGGAUUGUAAAUCAGCUCAGAAAGCAGGCACUCCUAAAAGGAACCAGAAGAUCCAGACGCCAGUGGCCGGUUCUGUUAAAGUUGAAUGGCCUGCCCCAGAGCUCAUCAGUCUGGGCUCUUCCUCUCAGAGUCAGGAUGAGGGAGGACAGAUGGUUAGUGCUCAGUACAUCCCUGCUCAGGAGCAGAAUGUCAAACUUCGGAAGGGUGGCACCAAGAACGUCAAAAUUGUCAAGGUCAAGAACAGCACCAGCACCAAAUCUAGGACCCAUGCUGCCGACCCAUGUUCAGAAGCAGGCCGUGACAGGCAUCAUCGGGCAGGAUCCAGGAGAUUUCGACCAGUGGAAGAUGCAAGUCAUUCUCACAAAGCUUCCAAGAGGACCUCUUGUAAAGCCAAAAGGAUACCAGUCGCUAUCCCUGAAGGGCAAAUCCUAGAGAAGCACAGUUCCUCCACUAGCAGGUCAUCUUCCCAAAGACACCACGGCCACCACAGGCAUCAUGAGGCAGUGCUAGCCAAGCCCAAGUACAAGCGCAAUGACUACCACCGUAGGCUGCGGGGCAUCCCAGAGAUGCCUUAUGAGGAGGCUUUCAGAAGGGCUCAUCGCAGGCAAAAAAGGGAGAACCUAGGCCAUAUAUCAGCCAUGUAUCUCCCUUCCAGUGCACACUUCACCAGCCCAUAUGCCUAUGUAGGCAGUGACUCAGAGUAUUCUGCUGAGUGUGCUUCUCUCUUUCACUCUACCAUCCUGGACACUAGUGAAGACGAGCGCAGUAACUACACCACCAACUGUUUUGGGGACAGUGAGUCGAGUGCCAGUGAGGCAGACUUUGUGGCAGAGAGUAGCACAAGCAGUGACUCAGAGGGCAGCGCAGGGGUGAACUGGCCCCAGUGUAGUCAGGCCUCAGCAGGCUCCACCUUGACACGUGAAAUGACCUCAGCACAGGCCAAAGCUUUCGUCAAAAUCAAAGCCUCCCACAAUUUAAAGAAGAAGAUCCUACGCUUCCGAUCAGGCUCGUUAAAACUCAUGACCACAGUAUGAGAGACUCAAGGGACAGGGGAUAGACUUUGGAUACAGCCAAUCAAAUUGGCUGCUCUCAAGUCUCAGCCAAUCAAGUGCCUAAGCAGAGUUCAGUCAUGCUGCUUAAAAGCUGUCUGAGUCACAUUGAGAUCUUUCACUAGGAGUGCAUUUGUUCAGUGAACUCACUCCCCUGCACUUUCAGAGUCCCUUAAAGCAAAUGUUAAAAGCAUCUGCGUAGCCCCAUUGUGUAAUUUUCUGUAGCCAUAUUUAUUAAAAACUCAUUGUUAUGCUGUGAUGCAUAUACAUAGCAAGUGCUAUGUAAAUGCAGCCAAUAGACAUGGUUUUCUAAAUAAAAUAUUUAAAGCUUAAUAUAUUUGGUUAGUCAUAUGUGGAAUAGAAUAGAAAGUAUGAUUCAACUGAUUCAGUUGUUGCUAAAGAGCAGAAGACGCAUGAAGUGAUAGACAGAGUCUGUCUCCAAAUUGUACAAUGAUAUGUGUACAUCACCAGCUGAUGACACAGGGCUUUUGUUAUAUGCACAAAAAAUAUGCAUGAGCAACUGCGUUACUAUUUACCUUGUGGUUGAUGCCUAUUAGCUGUAAAUUGCAAUUUAUGUAAAUAGAAUGUUUGUUUCUUAAUUUCUGGUGUCUUUCCUUUUUAUGCUUUAUUAAAUGUUGCCUUUGAAA